AUGCAGGACACGCUCCUCGACGCGGCCUUCAAAGGCGACCUCCCCCUCCUCAAGAGGGUGGUGUGGGUGCUGGAUAACGGCAAGGGCCGCCCCAGGGAGGCGGUGGAGGCGGCGAGGGCCGACGGCGGCAUGUCGGCGCUGCUGAUCGCCGCGGCCAACGAGCAGCUCGAGGUCUGCAGCUACCUGGCCGGGGUGCUGCGCGUGGAUGUCGAUGCUGCAGAUGAUAAGGGUAGAACACCUCUUUUUUAUGCGGUGAUGAGUGAAAAGAUUGCUGUUGUCAAGUGUCUUCUUGAUCAUGGUGCUGAUCCAGACAAAGCUGAUGAGGCCGGGCUAACUCCUCUACAUGCUGCUGCUGGAAUAGGAAAUUGUGAAAUGAUAAAACUGUUGCUUGCAAAGGGAGCAUAUGUUGACCCGAUAGCUGAGGAGAUUGGGACACCACUGCAUCUUGCUACUAAGGAACAACAAGUCGGUGCUAUGAAGACUUUAUUGGAGCAUAAUGCAGAUUGCAACAAGACGUACAUGAGCUAUGGACUGAAUCCUAUGACACCCCUCUUUCAGGCUGUAAAUGUAUCAUCACUACAAUGCGUGAAGCUCUUGGUUGAGGCUGGUGCUGUUAUCAACCCAGAUUGUAUCGAAACUGUUUCAUUUGAUUCUACAACGGGAAAUGACGGCUCAACAGAGUGCUUAAAUUUCUUACUGAAGGCUGGUGCCAAGCGUAAUGCCUCUAAUGAUGCUGCUGUCCGCGCCAGCGCCAGAGGACGAGUCGCUGGCACCGCCCAGCGAUCCGGCAGAGGACGAGGACGUGACCAGGGGCCGCGACAACAACAGGAGCAGCACGUUGCCCAUGGGGAAGAGGUCGAGGUCAAAGUCAAUCCUAAGGAUGAACAUGCGAUUAAAAGGGAAAUAGCAAAGUUGAAGUCAUCUGCGAUUAAAGCAAUCGAGAGUAAAGAUUAUUUUUCUGCAACAAUGUGGUACACUAAGGCAAUAGAGCAUGACCCUAAUGAUGCAACCUUGUUCUCAAACAGAAGCCUCUGCUUGCUUCGCAUGGGUGACGGACAGAGGGCUUUGCUGGACGCUCUUGAUUGCAGAGGAAUGCGGCCUGACUGGCCAAAGGCCUACUACCGGCAGGGUGCAGCUCUGAUGUCACUGAAGGACUACAUUAACGCGUGCGUGGCGCUUCUUGAUGGAUUCAAGUUGGACCCGGAGAAUGCCGAGAUGGAAUCUGCAUUACGGGAAGCUAUGGAAUCUUCGAAGAUAUCGAAAGGCGGCACCAAAGGCAACAUGACAUGA